AUGGAUGAUAAUUUGCCAAGCGAUGAUGAAAUGAAAGAUUCUCCGAUGAGCCCUAAAUUAGGAGGCAAGAAAUUAAAAUUAAAUGAUGGGAGUUCACAAGACAGUCUUAACGAAGGGGCAUCAGGUAGCAAAGAUAUUCAAGACGAGAAUGUGGACAGCGGUGUUUCUGCUGAUAAAUCUGAAAGUCCUAGUGAAGUAAAUAGCGAAGAGCGUGCAGUUUCGUCUAAUAUGGAGCCAACCAAUGAAGUAGUUAAUGCAGCACCAUCCAGCAGCAACGUGCGAGCUAUUUUGCUGGAUUUGCGACGCCCAAGACACUGCAGAAUAUAUAGAAAGCGUAAGACACCUGACCGUGAUUCUGAUGAAAACUCUUCAAGGGAUUCUGAUGACUUGUCAAAUGAUGAAAGAUCAGACAACAUUCAGCUGUUUAAUACUUACUAUGAAAGUGCACCAGGAUCUUCAAUUAAUUCAUCUCCUAGCAUUAGUUCAAGUGAUUCAUCAGAAAGCAGUAAUAAUGAUCACAGUGAAGAUAAUACUCUUGACUUGGAAUUAGAAGAAGAUGGAGAUAGCGAAGACACUGUAUUUCUUGAAAAUGAACAGACUUCAUCUCGGAAUAAACAAGACACAGCAACUCCACCUGUACUUCUUAAAACAAAGCCUAAAAAUAAUUACGUAAUUCUAAGAGAAGUUAUUAAUCGUGAAAUGGGGCUGACAUUUCCAUUGGGAAAAGCUAUUAAAGAGGAUGUAAUUUUUGAGAAAAAGUUCUAUGGCUCAUUACAUGCAGUGUACAGAAUGGCAAAAUUUGACUCACUAAUGAAACAUCGAGGCUGUGUUAAUUCCAUUAAUUUUCAUCCAGAGGGUCAUUUAUUGGCCUCUGGUUCGGAUGAUACCAAUGUAAUUGUUUGGGACUGGGCAAGAAAUAUUCCAAUACAAACGGUGAAAACAGGACACAAAUCAAAUGUGUUUCAAAGCAAAUUCCUGUAUUUGAAUGCACAGACGCAACUCAAUAUCGUCACUUGUGCGAGGGAUGGACAGGUCCGAUUAAUCCAAUGUCCGGCCAGCGGAAUGAGCGGCGCGUCGCGUCGUAAGCUCGCGAACCACGCUCGGCCCGCGCAUAAAGUGCACGUUUCAGCUCACGAACCACAUUUGGUCAUCUCUGCCGGAGAAGACGCGGUCGUGAUGCGGUGUGACGUCAGAGAGGAACAUGGUUCCAAACUAUUCCAAGUACGCGAAACGACACCUAUUCCCUUAUAUAGUGUGGCGGGACAUCCUCUGAAACCGGAGCAGCUUUUGGUAGCCGGCCGCGAUAUGUAUCUGCGAGUGUUUGACACGAGGAAAACGGAUAAACCAUUGAACUUUUACACGGCAAACUUCACUCCGAGGUCGGGAACGUCGGUUCACAAGUCAAUGAUGCAUCUCACGUGCGCCGUGUACAACCACGAUGGGUCAGAAAUACUGGGAUCGUAUAACGACGAAGAUAUCUACUUGUUUGAUACGAAACUUGAUGUUUAUGAUAAGGACACAACGGACAUCGACAAACAGACAUACACACACAAAUACAGCGGGCACCGGAAUAGCGCGACAUUCAAGGGCGUGGCCUUCUUUGGACCCCAGAGUCAGUACAUUGUGUCGGGGUCUGAUUGUGCCCACAUUUACAUUUGGGAGAAGCAGUCGGAGGCUAUCGUUCAAUGGAUGGAUGGGGACAAUAGUGGUGUGGUAAAUUGUAUAGAGCCCCAUCCCCGCUUCCCAAUAAUCGCUUCAAGCGGGUUGGACAAGGAUGUCAAGAUAUGGAUGCCGUGUCGACAAUCAGAUCCUGAUUUCAAAGGAAUGGAGAAGGUCGUUCGAAAGAACAGCGUGACCCGCUCUAGUCCAAUGUUCACGGAUUUUUUACCAACACUUUAUAGCGCCUGGCGUGGGACAUUAUCCGACGAAGACUCCCCGGCCUACGGGACUAAUAUAGACUUCGAUGGCAACGCAUGCACCACUUUCUAG